AUGGUCAAAAAGUCAACUUUACUGUCUUUGGACGCAUUCUCAAAGACAGAAGAGGAUGUUCGCAUACGUACGAGGACCGGUGGUCUGAUCUCUCUGUCGUGUGUUAUUCUGACGCUGUUUCUGUUGAUUAGUGAAUGGUACGACUUUAGCCGAGUGGUUACUCGCCCCCAAUUGGUGGUGGAUAGGGAUCGGCAGUUGAAACUGGAUUUUGUGGUUGAUGUCACUUUUCCUUCGAUGCCCUGCGAUAUGCUUAGCCUGGACAUCAUGGACAGUUCCGGUGACUUGCAGCUGGAUAUCAUGGAUGUGGGAUUCAGCAAGACCAGGUUGGACUCUAGUGGCAAAGAAAUCUCCACGGCGUCCUUCCAUCCUGGCGACUCAUCGCCUGACUAUAUUCCUGAUGAUGAGAACUACUGUGGGUCAUGUUACGGAGCCAAGGACCAGAGCAAAAAUGACGAAUUGCCUGUAAAUGAGAGAGUCUGCUGCCAAACGUGUGAUGACGUGAAGAGAGCGUACCUCGAAGCCGAAUGGGCAUUUUACGAUGGCAAGAAUAUCGAGCAAUGUGAACGUGAGGGCUACGUCGAAAGAGUCAAUCAACAACUGGCAGAAGGUUGCAGAGUACAGGGCAAAGCUCAGUUGAGCAGGAUUCAAGGAACAAUACAUUUUGCCGCUGGUAGGGGAUUCCAAAAUGCCCGUGGCCACUUCCACGAUAGUUCGCUAUACCAGAAAACGCCUCAUCUGAACUUCAACCAUAUCAUCAAUCACUUAAGCUUCGGCGUACCGAUCACUCCGCGCGCGGAAGGCCGUGGGGCUGCCGCAUCCACACAGCCACUAGACGGCCGCCAGGUGUUUCCCGACCGCGAUACUCAUUUCCAUCAGUUCUCGUAUUUCGCUAAGAUCGUGCCCACCAGAUACGAGUAUCUAGACAAUGAAAUCGUCGAGACUGCACAAUUUAGCGCUACCUUUCACGACAGACCGCUCGGAGGUGGGGCCGAUGAAGAUCAUCCAAACACUCUGCACACAAGAGGUGGGUCGCCCGGUCUUUUCAUCUAUUUCGAGAUGUCGCCUCUGAAAGUUAUAAACAAAGAGCAACAUGCCCAAACCUGGUCAGGCUUUCUCCUAAAUUGCAUCACGAGCAUCGGUGGCGUUCUCGCAGUCGGCACUGUGCUUGACAAGAUCACCUACAGGGCUCAGAGAUCCAUCUGGGGCAAAAAAAGCCAAUAA